AUGAAAACCAGAAGAAUAUCCGACAUUGAAAACAAAUUAAAUGAGUCUUUUAAAAGCUCUGAAAGCAGUUGAAGUGAAAGUCAAGAUAUUUCAAGCGGAGGGUCAGACAGUGGAGAACUCUCAAAUCUCAAAAUGAGUGAGCCUAUAAACUUAGACCAUUUUCAGGAAAACAAAAAACAGCUUGAAAUUUCAGUUCUUGAGUCAGAUAUUGAUAUUGAAGACCCAAUAGCUGAGGAUAGCUCACAUAUAUACAAGUCUACAAUAAAAACAUUGCUACAAAAUGAUACUGAAAAAUCAAUAUCAUUAGAUACAGUUGAAAAAAUUAAAAGAGAAAACAGGUCAUUAAGUAAAUCUAUUGGAGCAAAAAUCAGAGAGCUCAAACGUGCUGGCUCAGGCAAUGCUAACUCUCCCCCUCGUGAGUGAACAAAACCAUUGGAAAAAUCCCUAUUUUUUGUCCAAAAACCCCUCCGUGGGUGAACAAAAAAUUUUUUUAAUAGAAAAAUUGUUUUAUAGAAAAAAAAUUUGAUAUAUAAAUUUUUUUUAAAAAAAAAAUUAACCCACCUCCGUGAGUGAACAAAAUUUUUUCGUUCAUUUCACAGAGGGAAGGGGGUAAGAAAAACGUCAGAAAAAUAUCUGAAAUUUUGAAUUACAAAAAUAGCAUUGCCAGUCUUAAUAAAAAUAUUAACCAAAUCGUGGAUGAAGCAAUAUUAACAAAGGAAAGACUCGCAAACAUGAAAAUGGCUUUUGACAUUGCUUUAAUGAAAAAUGCCACACAAAAUAAAAUAUCUAAGCAGGAGCUUGAAGAUUCAAUAGAAAGCAACGACACUUGGAAAGCUGCAGAUUUAAUGAAAGACCUGCAACGUUCAGUUGUUGUAAAUACAGGCAACACCAAUUUUACGUCUAUUAAUUUAAUCGAAAAAGAGAAAAACUUGAAAGACUCUGAGAGCCAAACCAACCUUGAAAUUCCGCUUCCAGUUUUUGAGAGUGAAGGAAGAAUAAGCUGCUGCUACAAAUGCCCAAUUAUGUAUAUUUUUUCCUAUGAGUUUUCAUAAUAAAUUCUUUAUAAAUUCUGUUCACAAUUCAUAAGGAAUUCGUAUAG